AUGGAGUCCAAGAAAUCCCAGUGGGCGAGUGAGAGAAGGGAAUUCAUUGGGGUAAGCAGGAGAAAGUCGGGGAAAUAUGCUGCUAGAAUCACGCAUCCCCUUAUGAAGAAACGGCUAUGGCUGGGCAGUUUCUCCACUCCUGAGGAGGCCUACAAGGCCUAUCUUUCUAAGAAGAAAUCAUCUGUCCAAGACUCUUCAUCCUCGGAUUUGUCGUCUGAAACGGACCAUGCCAAUGCUGUGAAAGAGGAAAGUUUUGGUGAAAACAACAUUCCACAAUUAAAUCAAGAAGUGAAAUUUGGAGUCCUGAACGGUGUGCAAAUAGUUGACAGGAAUGGGUUCCUUAUAGGUGAAUUUAGUAAGCUGGAUGAUCUAAGCAUCUGUGCAAGCAAAGACGGGGCUCUGCUCGGAUGUCCGGAUGUUGGUGUGAGUAAGCUUUAUGAGCUCGAUCAGACUCUUAUAAAUGUUUGGGAUCUAGGCCCGACAUUAUGCAUUUAG